CAAUGAUGGAUUAAUCUUUUCAUGUGUACACCCGGGAGCACCGUACCUUCCGGUGGGAAAUAAAGAAAUUGCGGUUAUGACUUGGUAUUCUUAGGACCGAGCUCUGUCUGUGUCAGCAAUGGCUUCUCACACCAUAAUAAGGACCAGCUUAAGCCCCUUAACCAACUUUUCAUCGAAAACCCAUUUCAGAUUGGACAGCAAACCUCGGCUUUCUGCAACUUUUGGAGCUCGGAGAAGUCCACGAUACAAGAUUUCCUUCUCCAUUCAAUCCAUGGGCUCCUCAGCUUCUUCCCAGAAACCGGACAGCACUCAAGCUGCUGGUGAUGUAAACUAUAGUUCUCUCAGUGAUGAAGAAUGGAGGAAACGGCUCACGGAGGAACAAUUUUAUGUAACCCGGAAGAAGGGGACUGAGAGGGCUUUCACUGGGGAAUACUGGAACACCAAAACUGAAGGUAUAUACCAUUGCAUCUGUUGUGACACUCCACUUUUUGAAUCAUCAACCAAAUAUGACAGCGGAACUGGAUGGCCAUCAUACUAUAAGCCUAUAGGAAACAAUGUGAAGUCCAAGUUAGAUUUAUCUAUCAUAAUUAUGCCUCGUCAAGAAGUCUUGUGUGCCGUCUGCGAUGCUCAUCUUGGUCAUGUGUUCGAUGAUGGCCCCCCACCUACGGGGAAGCGGUAUUGCAUUAACAGGUAUGUAUUUACUCGGCACUAACUGGUCUUGCUCUCUAUUACUCAAAGCAGCAAGUUGCCACUAAAGGGCUUUAUCCCGCUAAUUUGCAAUGCCAUUUCUGUGGUACAUGCAGUGCUUCUCUUAAACUGAAACCAAGAGAGAAGGUCUCAUCAAACUGAGCAAAUGAGGAACCUGGAGUUCUUUUCUUGACCAGCUUCAAUCAUAUUGUUGGCUUAAUACCGAAAACAUUGCUGUACAACAUCUUGUAAAUUGCUUUAUAUAAUCUAUAGAAACUCUGUGAACAAUUGAUCUCUCAAUCAAAUAUUUUGUUCGGAAGUUGUAAAAUGUAAUCUAUGAAUAGGACACCCCUGCGAAAUUAAGAAGGGAUGAUUACUUAUCCUUUGUUGCCAUGAAUGCUCCAAUGGAAACGUUAAAGUCACCUACUCCGCAUUCCUUUGAAGUUUUGUAGUUCAGGAAAACAACUGCUUCCUGGCCUUUUAACAAUUUUUCGCUCACUGUUUCCGUUGUAAUUUUGGGGUUUGAAUGGUUCUCCCUUCUAAAUAUUUCCUUGACUAAACUGUAUAAAUGGUCUCUUACAUUUGUUCGAAUUUAAAUUUUGGUCCCCUACAUCAACAUAUAUAUGGAUUGAGUCUUUACAUUUCAUUUUGAAACUAAAAUAUUAAAAAUUAUUAUUUUAUAGUAAAAAAUUAAAUAAU